AUGGGUCCCGAGAAAGUCGUAGCUAAAACAUUUUAUGAUGUUGAAUUUCCAAAAGGUCAUGAUGGAAUCAAGAGCUUUGAUGCUGAACUAGUCGAUGAAGAAGGAAAUUUCGUACCAUUAUAUGAAGCAUACCUACGUCAUUGGUUUUCUAUAAAAUACCAAGAAAAAGAUUGGAAUAUGUCAAAGAUAAUCCCUAAGGAUCCUAUGGAAGAUCCUUAUGCUGUAGAACAUGGAAACCCUUCAAAAAUUCCAUUUGGAUACCAAGAAAAGUGGCUCCUGAAUCUCUUGAUCAUUGAUACACGUGGUACAGAAGAUAGAGAAGGUUGUACUGAAUGUAGGUGUGACCAUUUCAAUUUGCCAACGAAUUUUUAUAAUGUCACAGUUGGAAUUGAUGGAAAACCAUUGGGAUCAAGUUAUAAAGGAGGACUCUUUUGUUGCCAAGAUAAUUUACAGUGCAAAUUGCAAAAGGAUUUUGAAGCACCUACGAGAAAGCUUGCCUUGAGAUACAAAAUAACAUGGGUUGAUUGGAAUCAACAACAAAUUCCUCUAAGGUUUUAUGUACUUGAUUCAACUGAUCGAGUUAGAACAAAUGGUUCCCAAUUUAUUCAUGAUUGUCAGAAUUUUUAA